AUGCCCGCAGUCACCUCCAAGAAGUUAGUAAUUGUCGGCGACGGUAUGGUUGGUAAGACAGCCCUCCUUCAGUCCUUUGUCCACGGCAAGUACGAGGGCGACUACACGCCGACCGUGUUCGAAACCAGCGCUGAGGAAGUUCACUUGCCCGACGGACGCAGUGUCACCCUGAGUCUGUGGGACACCGGCGGUCAGGAGGAGUUUGAUCAGAUCCGGCAGCUGGCCUAUCCCGGCGCGGCUGUCGUGAUCCUCUGCUAUGCCAUUGACUGUCAGACC